CGGACUCUCGGGAGCACCGAGCCAGAAGCGGACAAGGGCGGGGAGAGCUGUGGCAGGAAGAGAGGCAGAAGAGGGAGGGCCGGGGGCCGAGAAGCCGCUCCGGCUUAGAAAUCUCGGACACCAGUGGACCUGUGAUCAGCAAGGGAGGACCAGGGUGGCAAAGACUCAUGCCCCCAUUUUACAGCUCAGCCUUGUCAACACUCCACCCUUCCCCCAAAAAGGAGCACGAAGGAGGAAGGAAUGUUCACUGUUUCCCUCACAGUCUGAUCCCAGAUUUCUUCUUCCUGGAAAGCCUGAUCUUCAACCAGAUGGCAGUAACAUUUGAAGAUGUGACUGUUAAUUUUACUUGGGAGGAGUGGAAAUUCUUGGAUUCUUCUCAACAAAAGCUCUACAGAGAGGUCAUGUGGGAGAACUACACAAAUGUCAUGUCAGUAGGAAACUGGAAAGAGAGCUACAGACCCCAAGAAGAAAGAUUCAGAUAUUUUGAACAUGAACAUCUUUCCUGCUGGCAAGGCUGGAGGAAUGCCAGCACUCAGAUAUAUGAUAAUCAAAACUAUGUGGAAAUGGUUCAAGGUAUAGAUUCCAAAGACCUAAAGCAGCAACACCUUUCUCACCAUCAAGAAUGGUUAAUACUCUCCACACAAGUACCAGGGUUUGGGAACUACGAACUGACUUUUGAAGGCAAAAUUCCCAGGAACUUAAAAUAUACGAAGUUUAUACCUUAUCAAUCCUUAGAAACAAAACACACUGAAGACGAUGGUAGAGAAAUCUAUGUGAGUGAUUCACGUGGUUUUCAAGGACGCGGAUACCAUGUUGGCAUAUCCAGGAAAAAUCUCUCUGUGGAAAAAGAACAGAAGCUUAUAGGUCAGCAUUCUUAUAUCCCAGGAGAGGAAGCCCUUCCAGAGUACAUUGGGGAGAUAUGCCAAAAUGACCUGCUGAAAGGCUCUGUGGAAGAGAAAUACUGUGGAUGUAAUAAAUGUAAAGAAAUUUAUUAUUGGAACUCACAGUGUGUUCACAAGAGAAAUCAACUUGGAGAAAAGUUCUAUCCAUGCUCCAUCAGCACAGCAUGCUUCACUCAGAGAUCAGACGUAUACAGACAUCCAAGAAUCCACAUAGGUAAGAAGCUGUACAGAUGUGAUGAAGUUGCCAGUAACUUUAGUCAGAGCUUCGGUGUUCACUUUCAUCAGAGAGUCCACCCAGGGGAGGUACCUUAUAUAUGUAAUGUGUGUAGUAAGAGCUUCAGUCAGAUCUCCAGUCUUCACUGUCAUCAAAGAGUCCACACAGAAGAGAAACUCUAUAGACUGCAGUGUGAUAAGGACCUCAGUAGAAAUUCAUUACUUCACAUUCACCAGAGACUUCACAUAGGAGAGAAGCCUUUUAAGUGUGAUCAGUGUGGUAAGAGUUUUAGUCGGAGUUCAGUACUUCAUGUUCAUCAGAGAGUCCACACAGGAGAAAAACCAUAUAAGUGUGAUGAGUGUGGUAAGGGCUUCAGUCAGAGUUCAAAUCUUCGAAUUCAUCAGUUAGUCCACACGGGAGAAAAGUCCUAUAAAUGUGAUGACUGUGGUAAGGGCUUUACCCAGCGCUCAAAUCUUCAAAUCCAUCAGAGGGUGCAUACAGGAGAGAAGCCUUACAAAUGUGAUGACUGUGGGAAGGACUUUAGUCACAGCUCAGAUCUUCGCAUUCAUCAGAGGGUCCAUACAGGGGAGAAGCCCUAUACUUGUCAUGAAUGUGGGAAGGGCUUCAGCAAGAGUUCCAAACUUCACACUCACCAAAGAGUACAUACUGGAGAGAAACCCUAUAAAUGUGAACAGUGUGGGAAGGGCUUCAGUCAGCGUUCACAUCUUCUCAUUCAUCAGAGAGUCCAUACAGGAGAAAAACCCUAUAAAUGUGAUGAUUGUGGAAAGGGCUUUAGUCACAGCUCAAAUCUUCACAUUCAUCAGAGGGUCCACACAGGAGAGAAGCCUUAUCAAUGUGCUAAGUGUGGUAAGGGUUUCAGCCAUAGCUCAGCUCUUCGAAUUCAUCAAAGAGUCCACAUGGGAGAAAAAAUUCAUAAAUGCCAUGAGUAUUAUAAGGGGUUCGAUCAGAAUUCACAUCUUCACAGUAAUCGCAGAAGAAAAACCUUAUAA